UCUCAGGCGUGGUAUGUUCUGCGGGGAACGGGGAUAGAUAUAGGUACAAAUUGGCAUGGCCGACUGUAACUAGAAAAUGAAAAUAUACAAAUGCGAUAAAAAUAUAAUUAGUUUUUCUGGUGGUAAAUAAAUACUUAUUUCCUAUUUAAACCAGUGGUGAUAGAUUUAGUACUGUAAUGUAAUCUGGAAGGAAAGAAACUGAAAUCUUUUAGAACUAAUUUAGUCAAUCAACUAUUGUGAUAAUGCAGGAAGAAUUCAUAUUGUCUUCAUUUUUGUGUUUGUGAACAAUAAUAAUGUCUUUCUUCAAUAACAUUAAAAAAGUGCUCCACUUUGGUGGUAAUGAUGCGAAAAAGAAAAAAGUUUUUAAUAAUGUGCGUAUGGACUGUGAUCCUGAGGAGUUUUGGGACAUGAUUGGUGAAUUAGGUGAUGGUGCUUACGGUAAAGUGUAUAAAGCUCAGCACAAACAUACCGGGCAAUUAGCAGCUGCUAAAAUGUGUAGAUUAGAUGGAGAAGAUGAUCUAUCAGAUUUUAUGAUUGAAAUUGAUAUAUUAUCAGAAAUAAAGAAUACCAAUAUAGUUCAACUCCAUGAGGCCUUUCAAAAAGAUCAACAACUUUGGUUGCUCAUAGAAUACUGUGAUGGUGGAGCACUGGACAGUAUAAUGACUGAAUUAGAGAAGCCUCUCAAUGAACCUCAGAUAGCUUAUGUGUGCCAAAAUAUGUGUAAAGGACUGCUUUUUCUUCAUAAGUCACAUGUUAUUCAUAGAGAUCUUAAGGCUGGAAAUGUAUUGCUCACCAUGGCUGGUGGUGUUAAAUUAGCCGAUUUUGGUGUAUCUGCAAAAAACAAGAAUACGCUACAGAAGCAUGAUACCUUCAUAGGCACACCAUAUUGGAUGGCUCCAGAAGUGGUGCUUUGUGAAACUUUCCGUGAUAAUCCAUACGACUACAAAGUUGAUAUUUGGUCAAUGGGUAUCACGUUAAUAGAAUUCGCCCAAAUGGAACCACCUAAUCAUGAAAUGUCUCCCAUGAGGGUUUUGCUCAAGAUUCAGAAAUCUGAUCCUCCAAAAUUAGAACAGCCUUCAAAAUGGUCGAAGGAGUUCAACGAUUUUCUGGUUAAAGCUCUUAUAAAGGACCCCCAGAAAAGGCCCAACUGUGAUGAAUUGUUAAAACACCCUUUUAUCAAUUGUACUUUAGAUUCAAAACCCAUCCGUGACCUUUUGCUAGAGUAUAGAGCAGAAGUUGUCGAAGAAGAACUUACAGAUGAUGAUCCAGAGGACAACCGAACGUUACAAGUGCCUCUGGACAACGAAGAUGAUUCUAUAUCUUUAAAAAGCAACGAAGUUGAUAGCAAAGUACCCGAACCCGUCCCUGCAUCUCUACUACCUGUGCCGUCUGAAACACCCGAAAAAGAAAAGGAAACAAUCAAAACUGCUAAUGCGGAAGAAGAACGACCACAGCCAGCUCCUUCUGCCCCUACAUCACAAAAUGAUAAAAAACAAAUCGAUAAAAAGGAAGAAGGGCAAAGAAGAACUGCUCGCGAUAAGGGUAAAGCUCCCCCGCCUCCUCCGUUACAAACCCAGCGUUCAACCAGUUCAAUUGGUUCAGAUAAAGCUUCAACUUCUUCGUCCGAAAAAGAAAAACCUGUUGCCCCGCCACCGCCGCCAAUCCCAGUUAUCAUACCUGCAAUUCCUACUCCGCCCUCUUCGCCUAUUACUCCCCCAGAUACUCCGCCAGACGCUAGUCCACCUCACGUUCACAACUUCCAACAUAGGAUUGAACAAAAUGUACCAAAAGUCCGUGAAGAACGAAUCCAAGAUAUUCCACUGCCCGAACCGUCCUCAUCGUCCGAAAACCAACCGGAAAAGAAACAAAAAGAUGACGAAAUUGAUACGUCCGUUAACAUAUCUGAAAUCAAACGUGCUUUAGAAAAUCAACUCGUUAAACGAUUGUCUCAGGAAAAAGCGACGCCUUCAGAUAAACUAGGAGGCAUUGUAACCGUAAAUAGUUCUAAUGCAACCACUCCUGAUGAUAGUUUAAAUCUGGUUCUGGUAUCCACUCCUCAAUCUGAACGUAACAAGAACACUUCUACUAUUACAAUUAACUCUAAUUUACCGGAUACGUCAAAUAGUUUGGCUUCAAAUAUUAGUCAGGUCACUGUAGUUACAACACAUCCACCCGUUAUUAUCGAUAACUCGCUUCCACCUAGAGCUUCCUCUUCUUCGCCAAGCGUCGUUAUUGUAGCAAAUGAAACUAACAAAACUCACAUAGAAGAUUCAGAUGAUGAAUUCUGUCCUUCGCUGGACUCCCUCGAAUACCCACCACCGUCUGAAUUUCGCGAUAAUCCGCCCAAAGCAAAGAAACUUGACGAAAGCGAGGUUAUGAUAACUGAAUCCAGUUAUGUGAUUAACGAUUCUGGAUUGGAUAAUUCCAAAGACAAUUCUAAAUUAUUAGACACUAGCCAUGUAUCGGUUGUGAAGAUUGAUGAAGAGAAAGUUCAAGUUAAAGACUCCACUUCGUAUUUGAGUGAUAAAUCGACUGAUUAUCGUGGAUCGACGAGUGAUCUCUCGAAUACUUCCUCUGGCAAAACGGGUAGUACUAAGAGUGAAUAUGGUGAUGAGUUCCGCGGCACUCAUAUUAUCCUAGAUGGAUCUAAUACCGAAACGCACGAGAUUAAACCUAAAAUGAAUGGACAAGUUAUUCAUGCUCAUAGCCGAGAAGACAUCUACAAGAAACCUUUGAAUGGAAAACUUUAUGCCGAUAGUUUUGAGUCCGCAAUGUCUGACAGAUCUCAUAGUGAUUGUGGCUCAGUCAGAAGCAAUGAUUCCCAUAGAAGACCCAUCUCAGGAGCUAGUAAGAGUAUUGAACAGUCUGAUAUUGAAAGUAUUUCACUAGCUAGUCAAGAGAGUAGAGGAAGUAAUGAGAAAGAUGAGAAGAGAUUCUUAUCAAAUGAUAUAGACGAGAAUGAAGAUCAUGCAGUUGUUUUACGUAAACCUCCAAAAACGAAAUCAGAACUUGCGGCAAUGGCAAGUCGCAAGACCCGAAAGCGUACUAGAAAAUUUGUAAUUGACGGCGUUUUAAUAACCACAACCACAAGCAAAGUCAUCUACGGAGAUGAAGAUAAUUACAACCUGAGCGACGCCCAUACAGACAGGAAACAGGAACUCAGAGAAUUGAAGUAUUUGCAGAAACAGGAACAAAAACAGUUCCAGGAUUUAGCCACGAAAGAACAAUUGGCCAUUGAACAGCAAGAGAGAAAGUUCGAACAAGAAAGACAAACUCUGGAAAGAACCUAUGAAAACGAUCUUGAAUUAUUGAGCAGACAACAGAGGCUUCAAAUAGAAAGGGCAGAAGCUCACCAGGAUAACGAUUUACGCACGACCUCCAAAAAAAUCCGAGCCGAGCAAGAAAGAGAUCUAAAGCUGUUUAGAGAAAGCCUCAAAGCAGAAUUGCGUUUGCUCAAAUACGAAGUUGAUAUGUUACCUAAAGAGAGACGUAAGAAUGAAUUUAAAAUGAGGAAAGAUAAAAUGGAUGCCGAUCACUUAGAGCGGGAAAAAGCUUUUUUGGAAAAACUAAACGAGAACCAUGAAAGUUCUUUAAGAAGAUUGAGUGAUUCCCAUAGGGAAAAGAUUGCUCUUAUGGAAAGACAAUUUUUACAACAGAAGCACCAGUUAACAAGAACUAGGGAAGCGGCGCUUUGGGAGUUGGAGGAGAAACAUAUUCAUGAGAAACAUCAGCUUAUCAAAAGGCAAAUCAAAGAAAUUUUCAUUUUACAGAGGCAUCAAAUGUUAACGCGACACGAGAAAGAAAAAGAGCAAAUCAAGAGAAGAGCGACGAGAAAGGAGGAGGAGUUAUUGAAAAAACAACAAAUUGAAAAGAGAUCCUUACCGAAACGGAUUAGAGCAGAAAUGAAGGCGAGAGAGGCAAUGUUUAGAGAAUCCAUGAGAAUAUCCAUAUCAGGGGCUGGUGAUCCUGAAUUGGAAAAGAAUAGAUUCAAAGAGUUUCAAGAGAAGGAGAAAAAACGUUACCAAGCUGAACAACAACGUUUUGAAUUGAAACAUCAGCGUCAGCUUGAAGAGCUUCGUGCCAUGAGUGAUGCCACUAUAAAAGAGCUCGAGCAGCUCCAAAACGAAAAGAGAAAGAUGCUAUUGGAGCACGAACAUCUUAAACUGAAGCAGCGAGAGGAGGCUUUCAGUAUUGAACUGAAGGAAUGGAAGGCGAAACUCAAACCCAGAAAACAGAAGCUCGAGGAAGAAUUGUACAAAGAAACUCGCUUGGCCAAAUACUCGAGUCACCUUCCUAAAAUUUCUUUUCCGGAGCCCGGUUCUUCUUCGACAGAUAACGUCGCUACCUCCGAAUCUAGUGAUACUAUUAGUACCGCCUCUUCGGUACCAUCGAGUCCAUACAUGGCUGACGGCCAUCGCCCCAGUUGGGGCCAUCACAGGACAUGGAGCACUGGAGUUAUUGCCGAUAAAAAUUUUGCUUUUCCCACCUUCGACUCUUCUAAAGACGAUUCCGCCGCUUAGUUGUUUGUUCGCCUUCUUCCUAUCUUUUUUGGUUUGUUUUUUAAUCGGUGCCAAGGUAGUAGGCUACAUUUUAGCUAUUAAAGUUAGAGAGGAACUGGAAUAAAUAUUGAAUACAAAAAAAUUAACAAGAUAGUAGGAAUACUUGUUUAUACGGCAAAUUAAAAUUCAGGUUAUUUAGACCAAAAUUAUUAUAUUAUUAUGACUGAAUAUGAUAUAACCUAAAAUAAGAUUAUAGCUCACCAUAAGUAGCUUUGUCAGUGAGCCGUUUGUAGAAACAAUAAAAAGAAACAGUAAAACGAAAGAAAUAAGUAUUGAGAGUAUAUUUAAAAAUAGCAAUUUUGGAGUUAUUAAGAUUUCGGUUUAAGGUUUAAUUAUUCCAGGGUGGGGGGAAGGGGAGGAGAUGUUAUACAGAUUUAUCUUCGUACCAACCAAACAGCACCUCAAGUUGGAGCUUAACGAUAAUGUAUUUAAAACGUUUUAACAUAAAUUAAAUUAUUGCUAAUAUGGCACCCAUUAAAUCUUACAACGAACCAUCCAAAAUAAUUAAAAAUUCACAUGAUCUGCUCUAGGAUCUGAAGCCCUGUUCGCUAAACCAUUGAAAGGCCCGUAAAUGAAUACGGACCGCUCGAAUAUACUGCGAUAUCAAGUCAAUACAAUAGUGAACCUAGCAGAUUUUUACUUUUAUCAUGGCCAGUUUUAGUCUUUUUUUUUUGAGAGUGGAAAGACCUAAAAGAUUUUUGUAAAAUGGACCCUUUUCGCAUUAUUCAAUUUAAUGAUUAUAAUUCAAUAAUCAGUUACAGUCACUACAUUAAGCGAGGUAAAAACAUGUUCCUAGAAAUAAAGCAGUUUUAGGUAAUGGUAUUAGAGACCCUUCAUGACUGUCGUCAAUUACUAGACAACGUUUCUUGUGUAUUAAAUGUCCUAAAGUUUAAAAAUCAUGACUAAAAUAUUUGUUUUCUGCUAAAUCGGUUAUGAAUUAAAAAGAACUAUGAAUAAAAUAUAUAUUCUGAAAAAAGAAAAAAUGGAAAUUCCCCAUUCACUGAGGGUGUGAAAGAACAACUCCUAAAUCAAACUUUAAGCUUUAAAUUUAAAACAGAAUCCUCAUAAUUGUUUAAGUAGGUGUUAAGAGAGACAACUAGAAAUUUAGGAUUUACGCUUCUAAUAAUUUUACCAGUUAAAAAAAAAAUAUUCUAAAUAAAUCGACUGGUUGAUGGAUGAUUCAUUCACUUACAUGAGAUCUUUAAAAACAAAAAUAUUUUCUCCAAAUCCUUUCUAACUUCCCAAGAACAAUUUAGAUAAAAACUAAAAGCAAUAUUUUGCCUAUAUAGUAAAGAAUUUAAUGUUACUAAUAUAUUUUUUGUGUCAAUUUGCCAAGUGCUUUGUAAAAAUUUUGAUACAUCGGUUUAUAUGAUAAGAAAACAAACUAUUUUUUUUUUCAAUGUUUGUGCUGUUUUCCGUGUUCUUUGUUGUUAUUUUCAUCCUUGUUACUUAUGUUUUGCCUUUAAACCAUCCUAUUUUCCCCAUAAAUGUACAAUUGCUACAGUUUCUGCACAGAAACUAGAAGAAGCAUUUGCUCAACAAUUAGAAGAGCAAGAAAGAAUUUAUGGUCCCGUUACACCUUUAGUACUGCCGUCAGAUAUGUCCGAUUUCAAUUCUGGCUCGAAACGCAGCAGUUUCUCUUCGGAUGGAUAACUCUUUUUCACUUUCGUUGUUUGUUAAUACGCUGGAUAAAUAGUUUACAAAAGUGCCUGCUAAAAAAAAGUAGACAUGUUCCAAGAAAGAAAUAUUAGUUUUGAAGAAUGUAAAUAUUAUUUUAUAGAGACUGAAUAUUUUAAAAGAUUUAUACUUAUCUCUUGAAGUGGGUAUUGGAACAUUUUUUUUAAUUGUACAGGAAGUUGAGACAUCUCCAAUAUUACCAUUUUUUUUUUUUAAUGCAAAUAUAUUAAUCGUUAUUUUUAAGCUAAAAAUGUAGCUGAUUUUGUAUUGUGAUUUUAUUGUCACUGAGAGUGAAUACUUACUUUUUCGAUAUUAUUUUACAUAUCUGUGUAUGAUCUUUCAUUUUUCUAAUGAAAUAAUAUCGUUUCAAAAUUGAAAUCUACACUAGUAAUGGGUGUUGACUUACUUCAUCAUUAAAGGGUUUGCCAAACAUGUCAUGAAGUACUUUUAAUUUUAUUUAAAAAAAAAACAGUAAGGGGGCCUUUCAUAGUAAUGACGAUUCGCCAAUUCAGUGUUUUAAUAAUGAAUAAUUUGAUAGUGAAAGAAUUAGAUUGUUCUGUUCGAUUCCUUAGCCAUAUAAUUCUGAAUUGAUGAUUUAUUCCUACUUUUAAAUGUUUCAGGAAACAAAGGUUUCCUCUCAGUUCUAAUAUACAAAUCUUGGGUACCUAAAAAAUAUUUAUUUAUUCCAAAAAUCGCACUCGUGUUAAUUUUUUUCAGAUUUAGAAUAUCAGUUCUUUUAUUUCUUUUUAUUAGAAUCUAUUUAAACAAUAUUAUUAAAAGGUGUCAAAAAGUUUUUUCUUUUCAUUUACUCUUGAUUUUAAUUAUUAUAUAUAAUUAUUUCUUUGCAUUUAACAGAAAUAGACUGAUUUUAUAGUAAGCGAAUAUAAAUGUUAACAGAUUUGAAAACAUCAAAAUAUUUUUUGAAUUCAUUCAUAUUACAAAUAUAAAACUAAAUCAAACUUUUAUUGCUUAUAAAAAUAAUUUUUAAAUAUUUUUGGCAUUGAUCUAUAAGUAGAGCCUUAAAUGUUCUUGACAUACAGGUAGAUCAAAAAAUGAAUUAGUAUGUAGUACAGGGUGCCACAAAAUAUAAUUAAUCAACUGUAUUGAACGAUGUGGAUAUUUUAAGACUAUAUAUUUUGUUUGAGUGAUCUGAGUGUAUGUACAAGUGAAAAAGAAUGUUGAAAAUACUAACCAAUAAUAAUGAAUAUUAAAAUACCUAAUUAGAAUUCAUUUCUAAAGGACUGUUAAAAAUUAUUCUGCCGUAUAUCUUUAAAUUUAGUUAAAAACAUAGUAGAAUUAAAAUUAGUCAUUUUAACUACAAGGAUUUGCAUUUUAAGCCUUACUAGGUAGAAUAUGAAUUUUAUAUUUUCAUUGUUCUCUUGAUUUGCCUUGUGAACUUUUUUAAUACAUAUAUGGCACCUCCUGUAAAUCGUACUACUAACACUUAUAGCAUUAAAUUAUUAAAAUUAUGCAAUAUUUUUAUUCUUUGCGGGAAUGUUAAUUCUUCGUUGUAUCAUUAUUUUGACACCACAGUCUGAUGUAUAAAAAUAUUAGCUGCGUAUUAUUUAUAUCCUAGAAAUUUUAAUACUUAAAUAAGGAAUGUGUACAUAAAAGCAUUCAUGUUAUUCUAACAUAUUUGUUAAGAAAGGACAGCAUGUUAUAGCAGUUUUAUUCUGUUAGUUUUCUACAGUCGCUAUCAUGCUGUUCUGUAUCAUAAAAUAUGUACAGUCAGUGUAUUUUAUUUUUAUGUGCAUAUUAUUACCAUUAAUAUUAUUAAAAUUAAACUAUACAUACAUUUUGUUUUU